AUGGCCUCGAAGAAGUGCACUGUUGGCACGGCCGUGGGCCUGGCCUCCGUCGUAGCAGGAAGCGCUUUCAUCGCCGGAACAAGCCAGCCCAAAGGGGCCCUCCGUGCGACCUCGCAGGCGCAGCAGCAGGCCCGGCCAGCGCCCUCCAGCGCGCCCAUCAGCGCAGCCUCCGCCGUGGCGAUCUCCGCCGGCGCCGUCUACGCUGCCAACAGCAGCCGAAAGGUGGCCGCAAAGGCCCAGGUCACAGCGCUUAGAGCCUUCGAGUCCGAGCUCGGAGUGCAGGCUCCAGUCGGCUUUUGGGACCCUCUAGGGCUCGCCAGGGAUGGCGACGUGGAGGCCUUCCAGCGGAGGCGCUCCGUAGAGCUGAAGCAUGGACGCAUCGCCAUGCUAGCAACCAUGGGUUACAUCACCCCAGAGAUUGCCGGCAAGUGGCCAGGCUACCUGGAUCCCUCUAGCGGCCUGAAGUUCACCGACGUCCCCAAUGGCUUGGCAGCCAUCUCCAAGGUUCCCGCAGGUGGCUGGACCCAGAUCCUUCUUUGGAUGGCCUGGUGCGAGGUCAGCCGUGGCGCAGGAUCGGACAUCGCCAGCGGUCGCCCCGGCGACUUCGGCUGGUACGUCCUCACCUCAGCAGACCCUGAGGAGAAGAAGAAGAAGCUCAACGCAGGUCACAUCCCAACUUUCUGCAGCAUAGGGCACAGCAUCCACUACAUUCCGGGGACUGGUUACAAUGGAGAGCUACAGGUCCGGAUUGAGAAGAACUGCUUUGAGAAUAGCAGCUCCACUUGCCCCCUGCUGCAGGAGCUCGCCAAUGGUCGCCUGGCCAUGAUGGCCAUCAUCGGUACCCUGCUCAGACCAUCAGUAUCCCUCGUACGGUGCAGUGCUACCUUGGCCGCUAGUCAAUGGACAAAAACUGACCACAAGUGUUGUCAUACUGCACCGGUGACAGAGGAAUGCGACCCGCAAGGAGCCAUCAGAGAGAGAGGGAUACACAGACAGCUGGCGUGGCUUCAAGAUGCAAUCCUAGUAGAUUGGUUACUUCAAGAGAACUUCCCGUGA